AUGAACUCGGUGUCUUGUGAGACCAAAGUUUGCAAUGCAUGUCGCACUGCUUAUUAUAAUUGGAAAAGUAACAAUGCUGAGUUUGGUGAUAUUUUGUCUCGUAUUGAUAAUGAAUUGUUGAAAAGUGUCGAUAUCGAUGAAGAUACAAAUUCGAAUGAUCCAAUGGGCGUAAACCAACAUAGUGUCUCUAUUCAAACAGAUUCAGUAGAUAUGGAUUCGAAUCCAGUCGUUGUGGAAGAAACCAUUUCGUUACAAAUGAAUAGUACUCGAUCUUGUCAUACGCAAAAGAUAUAA